CGCAGGCGCGUUUUGACCCGAGGCGCGCGACCGCCCCUUGGUAGGCUCGCGGCGCCGCGUCGGCUCUGCGCUCGCUCGCUCUCUGGGUCCUGCUUCCGUGAGGGGAUUGCUCCGCACUCUCGGCGACUGCAGGCUCUCUCCCUUGCGUCCCUGCGACAGCCGCGGCGAAGAUGGCCUCAGGAGUGCAAGUUGCUGAUGAAGUAUGUCGCAUUUUUUAUGACAUGAAAGUUCGGAAAUGCUCCACACCAGAGGAAAUCAAGAAAAGAAAGAAGGCUGUCAUUUUUUGUCUCAGUGCAGACAAAAAGUGCAUCAUUGUUGAAGAAGGCAAAGAGAUCUUGGUUGGAGAUGUGGGCGUGACCAUCACUGAUCCCUUCAAGCAUUUUGUUGGGAUGCUUCCCGAGAAGGAUUGUCGCUAUGCCUUGUACGAUGCAAGCUUCGAGACCAAGGAAUCCAGGAAAGAAGAGCUGAUGUUUUUCUUAUGGGCUCCAGAACUGGCCCCCCUGAAGAGCAAGAUGAUCUACGCUAGCUCCAAGGAUGCCAUCAAAAAGAAAUUCCAAGGCAUAAAGCAUGAAUGUCAAGCGAAUGGGCCGGAAGACCUCAACCGGGCCUGCAUCGCCGAAAAGCUGGGCGGCUCUUUGAUCGUUGCCUUUGAGGGCUGCCCUGUGUAGCGUCGCUGACCCAGUGCCACAGCCCAAGCUUCCGUGUCUAAUGUUGCCCUCUUGCUCGAUAAGGAAAGCAGAUGCAUUUACUCCAGGGUCUCACCAAGGGGAGCUGUCUCGUCAUCCUUAGAGUAAAUAUUCUACAAAGCUGUGCAUCGCGGCCCCAAAUAAACCCUAGCAUCCCCAGUCUGAUUGGUGUGAAAUGAAAUUCUUACUGGCCAGGUGCCUGUUCUGAUGAGUUCACUUAGGAAAGAUGUGUAACAGCAAUUCAUGGAGCGGUGCAGAGCCCAUAAGGAGAGUCAUCUUUUCUUAACCUUCAUAGUCACUGUUUCUUUUGCUUAGAAAAUGGAUCAUAAUCUGGUUAUAAUUUAGGCCCAGAAUUCUUCCCAGACCCCCAAGAAUGGAGCGUCCCCUAAUGUGUGCACACUAACCGCCAGCAGCCCAAGCCCCUGCCGUGUCCUGGAGCUGCCUCCAGGUAGAAGUCGCAGCCGCUGUGACCAUGGCCUUGCAAGGGCAUCUCCAGGGCACGGCCACCCCGCCCGGCUGCAGGGAGAUGGGGUAUGGUCAGCUUCCUAGCAGGUGCCCCUCGUCUGGGUAGGCCUUGCUUGCGAGUCUGGGGGCUGCGCUCCACAGAGCACUUGUCACUUGUGUGAGGUGGGGAGCUGGUGUCUAGCGACACCUGGAUGUGACCAUCCACACCACAGGCUUGACAUUUGAACAAGUGAGAAAUGCACAGUUGACCUUAAAAGUAGCAGUUACUGGCUUUAUGUAAUAAAGGAAGCAUUUUUACCUUC